UUGAGGAAGUGCCCGACAGUUGUCAAAUAUGGCAGAGGUUGACCAAGAAAACCCUGCUAAAUCAGACAGUGCUGAUGAAUCUGAGGAUGAAAGUGAGGUUUUAGAAGAGAGUCCGUGUGGCCGAUGGCAAAAACGACGAGAAGAGGUUGAACAACGGGAUGUCCCAAGCAUUGAUAAUGCUUUCCUUGCCAUGGACACAGAAGAAGGAGUGGAGGUCGUGUGGAAUGAAGUUCAGUUCUCGGAAAACAGGAAUCUCAAAGCCCAGGAGGAGAAGAUUGGACAAGUGUUUGACAAUCUCAUACAGUUGGACCAUCCAAAUAUUGUAAAAUUCCACAAGUACUGGACAGACAAUAAAGAUGGGAAGCCUAGAGUGAUAUUUAUAACAGAGUACAUGUCAUCAGGAUCUUUAAAACAGUUCCUAAAGAAGACAAAGAAGAACAACAAAACAUUCCAGUUAAAGGCUUGGAAGAGAUGGUGUACACAAAUCCUGUCUGCGUUAAGUUACUUACAUUCCUGUACACCACCUGUUAUCCAUGGUAACCUCACAUGUGAUACCAUUUUCAUACAGCAUAAUGGCCUCAUCAAGAUUGGCUCAGUGGCUCCUGAUGCUAUGCACCACGUGAAGACUUACAGAAAAGAUAUCCGCAACAUGCAUUGUGUGGCUCCAGAGUAUGGAGAAAACUUUGGAACACCUAUUGACAUUUAUUCAUUUGGAAUGUGUGCUCUAGAGAUUGCUGCUCUAGGAAUCCAAGGUAAUGGAGGCGAUGGUGGUGGUAACCAUAUUAGUGAAGAUAGUGUUAAGAGCACACUGGAGUCUCUUGAUAAUGCCCAACAGAGGGACUUCAUUUCCAAGUGUAUACAAAAAGAUGGUAGUUUACGCCCAUCAGCCCGGGAGCUAUUGUUCCAUGCAGUUCUCUUUGAAGUGCACUCACUCCAACUCCUUGCGGCACACGUCUUUGUGAACAGUCUUUCCAUUCUCCCUGAAAAUUUGUCAGAUGAAUCAAAUAUAAAGAAGCUGGAGCCAAAUCGAGUGAUAGCGGAAAUCCGACAUAGUGAUGGACGAGAACCAAUCUAUUAUAAGUUAUCCCAGUGUCCUCCUCUGGAGACGGAGAAAUUUCUAGAAGAUGUACGAAAUGGUAUAUAUCCUUUGACUGCCUUCAACCUCAAACGACCUCGACCAUCACGACCACGAGCCAAGACUCCAGAGGUCACAGAAUCAGAGAAAUUGGAAGACACCGAACGUAUGGAUAUAGAACAGAGACUUGUGAUGAACAUGAAAUGUGAAAUGAAAAAAGUGGAUGACAGUUCAAACUUCCUGUUGACACUUAUUCUAAAAAUGGACGAUAAAAUUAAUCGCAAAUUACAAGCUGAAGUAACGUCGGAAGACAACUCCCAACUUUUGGCCCAAGAACUUGUGCAAUAUGGUUUCAUAAAUGAGAGUGACCGUGAGAAGAUUGCUGACUUGAUAGCCCCUCACUUCCAGUCCUGUAUGCCCUUGACCAAUGGUUCAAGCUCUUCAAAUGGUAUUCUUGCCUCAGCCUGAUUCUACGGAACUCUGAUCCAAAUUUUUACUUUCUCCACAAGCUUUUUCUGUACACUUGCUUACAAAAAUUCUGAUAUUAAUGCCUGAUUUAAAUGCAAAAUAGUGCUGAGAAAAUCCCUAUGACAACCACAUUGUCUCAGUUUGUGUUUAGAGACAUCCCUCUCUGCACUGGUGGCAUCCAUAUUGGGAUUGAGUUUUUGAGAUGGAGAAAACAUGGGAACAUAGACUGUGAUAUGGUGUAGUUACAUGUAAUACAUGCUGAAACUAGCCCCCAUGAUAAACAAUAUGUGUGUUAUGAAAUGGUGCUGAGAAAAUCCCUGUUCAACAUAAUGCAAUGUCCAUGUUUUCAGUUGAAAAACAUUGGAAGAGACAUGAAAUGUUGUUCCCUUGUUUGUACUAGAAACAUUUUGAGAUGACUCAUGAAAGUUCCCUGAGGUUCACGGUUAUAGUUUGAGACAACCUUUGAGACUUCAGUGGCAUCCAUUGUUUAAAUGGUUAAUGUGUGCCUUUCAUUACCAACAUUUGAUGGGGAAUUACAAGUUUAUUGAUGACCUUUUUAGAUCAGUGAUUUGCUAUAGAUUGGUGAUCAGUGAAUAUUUUAGUUUGUGCCAAGUGGCAUUUCUUUGGCAAUACUCAGUAUUUAAUUACUUUUGAACAUCCCUUAUUCAAGCAUAGAACAAUCUAAGUCAGUGAUUCCAGAAAUACCUCACUUAAAUUUAAUAACAAAGAAAAGAUAAACAAGUAACAGAAAUUUUGAUGCAAGUUUCUUCGUUUGAUAUUCAUGCAUGCUAAUCAAGUGCUAUACUACAAAGUCUCUUACAGAGGAAAUAUCUGGAGCUGCUUUUGUGAUAAGUCUCCAUCAUGUAGUUAGCAUGUCACCAGAAUAUCAGUGUUGUUGGCUAGGAAUGGUUUUGAUGGUUAAAAAAAAGGGGAAUGUUUUCAUAUUCAUGUUAAUAAAAGGGUCCGAAAACUUGAUCAUAAUCACAACCUUUUUUGGAUAUAUUUGUGUAUUUGUAUCGAUGAUAAAAGGUUUUUUUUUUUGUUUUAUUCAGCUGAAAUUACAACAGUUGUAUUGGAGCAUUUUGUGAAGGUUGUACAUGAUAUAAAUUUUAACUGUGAACUUCCUUAUUAACAAAUUCACUACUUUUCAACAGUUUAAAUGUUAAAAAGUCCAUAAAAGAGCCAUUAUUAUUUUUGAACAUGAAAGGAUUUCACUAAGAUUACAACAUGGUGUAUUGAGUUGUUUAAUAACACUCUUAGUCAGUAGUAAAAUUUGGUGAAAGGCUUUGGUACUCUGUUAACUAAAAUGCAAUAUGAUGACUCAAUUUCCUAUGAAACAUACACAAUAAUAACAGUUAGAUCUUUCAUCCAGCUGUAAAUAGUCUGAUAUGUUGGGGUACAAUUAUCUGUUUUUAAUGACUUUCCAAAGCCAAGUGUCUCUGGUCAGGUAAUAAGUAAUUCAGAUAUUACCAUCAUUGUCUUGUUAGGUAUACCAGAGAGCAGAUGUUAUCAAUGAUUGGUUGAUGUAAGUGGUUUAUGUACAGUGCUGUGUUUUAAAGGAAUUCUGUUGGAAUGAAGUGUGAAUGCAAUGAAUGGAAUAAAAACAUGUUGAUGUACAAAUCACAGAAGUUUUAAAGGUUGACUAUGGUGUGUUACUGUAAAUGUGCUUCGUUUGGCAUAUUCAAAUUUUAGCACAUGAUUACUUUAUUUUGGUAAAUUGGGAGUGUUGACAAAUAUUCAAUAUCAUCAACACACAGAAACUACAAUUAGCACAAUUACAUUUUAAUUUUAGCACAAUAUAUUCGGCAUGAAAAGCAUAAACUAAGGUUACCGCUAAAAUACAUUUACAGUACUUGGAUUUUGUUUUGUUGAGUCAGCUGUGUCAAGAUGAUUGAACUUAUUGUGAAUAUAAGUGUGUAAAUUGUUUAAAACAUUUAAAAAAAUAAACACCUACGACAUUCUUAUUAAUUAAAGAAAUGCUUUUUUUUAGGACAAAUAAAAUGCUUCAUAUUAAAACCUGGGAAACUGAAACAUGUAUUAUAUACAUGUAGUUUCAACUACUGUGAUUUGGAUCAUCAGACGGACUUGAAAUAUAUAUAUCUUGAUCUAGUUUCUUGUGAUGCCUUGCAAUUUUUGUUUAAUAUCAUGCCAUGAUUUUUCAGAUGUACAUAUGUAUGUUCGUCAUGAACCACUGUAGGAUCCUCUCUGUGAGGGUUUUAAAGUGUUGAUUUUUGAGGAUAUGACUCUAGACUGGAGUUAAGAGAUAUUUUGUGAAGAUCAGAAUAGAAUUGUUAUAAUGAAACAUUGUUAAUCAAGUAAACUUUGAGAAUAUUUGUGGAAAUUCAUGAAGAUUUGAGAAAGUCACUGUUUGCCUACAUACAGGUAUUUCAUGAAUUCCUCCUUAUGCAAUAAAAUUUUUAUUGAAACCUGUUGGGGGUUUCUUACAAGAUACCUGAAAAUUGUCCCAAGGUUUAUAUAAUCAAUUACAGAUAAUUAAUAUUAAGCUUUCUGAGAUAUGAAAACAUUUAAUAGAUUGAAAACAGUAUCUUGUUUUAAUCUUAUUUUUUUCUUAUUAUUAAAAUAUUGGUCCCAGUUAUCAUGACUGCAAUACUUAAUCCUGAUGGCACAACUGAUGAACUGGAGCCUGCUGUACAAUGAAGUUGUCAAGGAUACUGUUAUGUUGUUUCAUUUGAAUAAAAAAUGUAAAGUGCA